AUGGAAUCCGGCCCCGAUGGAAUUUAUAACGAAUUUCUCAUGAACAUGGGCCCCUUGGCUGUAAGCUGGCUUGCGGCUUUUUUCUCCAACGUCUUGCUGAAAAAUCAAUUCCCUACUGAAUUCAAGAUAUCGAAAGUCAUAGCACUGUUGAAACCUGGAAAAAACGAAGAGCUCACGGAAAACUAUCGCCCGAUCGCUCUUCUGAGCUGCGCGUACAAGUUGCUGGAACGGCUGCUGCUCACACGAGUUACACUAUUCAUCGAAGCUGCGACUCCUCAAGAGCAGGCAGGGUUUCGACAAGGACGCAGCUGCGCUGAUCAAAUGCUAACUCUCACUACGCACAUCGAAGAUGGGUUCCAGAAACAACUUAAAUCUACUGCGGUUUUUAUUGACCUUACAACCGCCUACGAUACAGUGUGGAGACAUGGACUCAUCUUCAAACUCCUUUCAGUUGUACUAAGCAAAGAGAUAGCAGCCCUUGUAGCGAACAUGUCGAAAUACAAUGAUUAUGAUCGGUACUAUCCAGAAUCGUACGAUUACCCUCACAAUCCAGGUAGUGAAGACGAAGUACCCCUAAUACCGUGGUCUGAUUCGGAACAUUCAAUUCCCGAUACAACGCCCAAAUCGGUAAUCAUGCAACCUGAACCGAUAGCGGGCCCCGCUCUUAAUUCUGGCGCACCCAGUAACGUCAAUGAACCGGUAUCAGCUGAUCCGGGCAUCAGCACUAAGACUGAUACAUCGCCAACGUUGCCGUCCGAUAUAUUAGAGGCCCUCGGAGACCCGAAGGGAAAAGAGGAAAUAUAUGGACCAAAAAUACCUGAUGAGAUCUCUAAACGUUGGGGCCGGAUACUCGUUGACGGCCUAGAGAAAGAUGUAAAGCAAAAACUGCCUGAAAAACACCUGAUACCAGAUAACUUUCGUUUGGCUAAGGCUCCUAUUUUAAAUCCUGAGAUUAUAUCGGUGCUUAACGAAUCAGAAAUAUCCCAACCAGGGAAACUGGAGGGGCCCACCCCGAACAUACUACCAAUAUCAUCAAUUUCAACGAGCACCGAGACAGGGUGGGCCGAGACCGCGCUACCCUCACCAGCACCAGCAAUAUCGGCACCGUCCGCCAGUUCCCGAUCGUCAAGCCCAAUCGACGCGCAAACCGCCCAACAAGACCCCGAAAGCCUAACAGAGGAAGAGACACCCUCUCUGGAGUCGCCUUUCCCUGGCGGCAUCACUAUUAUCCGGGGAGCAUUUAGAAGACAAAAUCUAAACCCAGACACAAUUGAUAUUUUAAUAUCAUCUUUAUCAAAAAAUUCUUUAAAUCAGUAUAAUAGUGGUUACAAAAAGUGGUGGACGUUUUGUUCAAAAAAUAACGUAAAUAUCUACUCCACCAAUAUUCCUGAUAUUCUUGCGUUUUUUACGGCUGAAUACAACGCCGGAGCAAGUUACUCCACUUUAAAUACACUUCGUUCUGCACUUUCCUUGAUAUUGGGCAAAAAGUUCAGUGAAGAUGAAAGGGUCGCUAGGUUCCUGAAAGGUGUGUUUAAAACAAAACCUGCAUUACCAAAAUACCAGUCAAUCUGGGACCCUAAUCUAGUUUUAGAUCAAGUCGGUAAUUGGCAUCCUAAUGAAAACCUGCCUAUAGAUAAAAUUACAAAAAAGUUGGUAGCUCUUCUUGCGUUGUCUACAGGACAACGUAUGCAGACGCUAGCCCUUAUUACCUUAUCCAAUAUCAAGGUAAAUGAAAAGAAUAUUGAAAUUGUAAUUAGUGACCUUAUUAAAACUUCAGCUCCGGGUAGAUCUAUGCCCCGGUUAAUUAUUCCAUUUUUUCCUCAUAAGGUCGAGAUAUGUCCCGCUAAAUGUCUAAUUGCAUAUAUGGAAAAGACCACUCAAUUUAGACAUUUAACGAAAACAGACAAGUUGAUUUUAACAACAAAAAGUCCAGUCCAUAACGCGAGCCCUUCGACCAUUAGCCGUUGGAUAAAGUCAGUAUUGGCAGCAAGCGGAAUAGAUACUUCAGUUUUUUCGGCCUACAGCUGUCGUCAUGCUUCUACCUCAGCAGCCAGUCGGAAAGGGGUAUCUGUAGACCUUAUCAAAAAGUCAGCUGGCUGGUCAAAGAAUUCUUUGGUAUUCGCAAAGUUUUAUAAUAGGCCGGUAAUUGAAGAAGACAGCAACAUUUUUGCAGAGGCCGUAUGUAAUAGGGACAAUUAUUAAAAUUGCAUUUUAAUACUACUCGUAUAAGUCGUUGAU